AAAAAGAAAAAGAGCAUUUACUUUCCGUUUCCAGGGCGUUUCAGUUGGCGGCUGAAAGGCGCCAAAUCAAAAAUCCUGAAGGAAUAACAAUUCCAAAGUGAAGGAUCCGUAGGAAGGAAGGCCUCUCAGAACUAACGAGCCAGUUUACCACGCCAGUGAAAGACUGGUUCGAUUCAACAUGGAGGAACUCUUCAGCAAAGGGUUACAAGUGUCCAUGAGGUGCAGGGACUGCGAGGAGAGGAAAGCCAACAUCUGUGUCACCAUUGAGCUUCAGUUGACAAACAGUCCGGUACACAAAAGGGAUCUUCUAGUGAGACUAACUGAUGAUACUGAUCCAUAUUUUCUCUUCAACCUCUCUAUAUCAGAAGAAGAUUUCCAAAGCUUGAAAGUCCAACAGAGGUUGCUGAUAGACUUUGCAUCAUUUCCUCAGAAGUUUAUUGACCUGCUUAAUCUGUGUUAUUCUGAGCAAGAGUCAGACAAUCCAAGGUUUCUCCUGCACUUGUCCAGCCAGUCUCUCGUGCUUGAAGGCCCUGCCAACUUCAGUGUUGUGGAGACAAAUGCAUUCAAACACCUGAACCACUUGUCUUUACAGCUUGUUCACGGCUCUGAUAAAGAGAUUAAAGACUAUCUGGCAGUGUGUCUCUCCUCUCUCAAGGCAGAGAAGCAGGUCCUAGAGACGAAGCUUCAGAAGACUGACGAGGAUCUGUCCAGGCAGCUGAGUUAUGCCCAACAGACGCUGUCUGAGAAGACCAAAGAGUUGGACAAACUGCGUUCAGAGUGGACAAGUCAGACCAGCUCUCUGUCCAGCCGUCAUGGUCAGGAGUUACAAUCCGAGAGGGAGAAGGCUGUAGAGUCACAGAGCAGACUUCAGCAGCAGAUGGAGCUGCUCCGUCAGGAGCUGGAGAGUUCUCAUAAGAGGAGCAGCCAGCAGCUCCACAGCAGACUAACAGAGCUUGAGGCCUCCUGCAGAGAGCUGACCGAGAGGAAGUACAAAAACGAGUCUGUCAUCAGAGACCUGAAAACUAAGCUUGUGGGUGCAGAAGAGGAGUGCCAGCGGUCCAAGCAGCAGAUCCUGUCUCUCAGGAGGGAGAACGGCUCUCUGGACACUGAGGUCCAUGACAAGGAGCGUUUGGUUAGCCAGCUGCAGAUGAGAGGGGCUGUUCUGGAACAGGAGAUCAAAGAUAAGGAUCAGCUCAUGCAGCGCUCAAAAGAGGUGCUGGAAGCUACUCAGCAGCAGAAGGAAUUAAUGGAAGAAAAUGCUGAAAGUAAAGAACUUCAGAUCAAAAACCUUGAGGCGACAGUGAAAUCCCUGUCUGAGGAGCUGAUAAAGGCUAACGGUAUAAUUAAGAAGUUGCAGGGAGAGUUUCGAGGCCUUGUUGGAAAAAUCAAAGUGAAAAACACUGUGACUGUGUCACAGGAGAAGCUCCUCCAAGACACAUCAGGAAAACUUGAGGGUGUUGAAAAGGAUUUGCAGAGCACUCGGCAGCAGCUGGUCACCAGAGAUGAGCAGGUUUUAAAACUGAAGGAGCAGUAUGAGACAACGAUACAAAAGCUAAAUGAAAGCAGAGAGGUGUUGAAGACUAAUGAGAAUGUUAUAAAUUGGCUGAACAAGCAGCUGAAUGAAAAGCAGCUCUCCAGAAAGUCUCCUGAACCUUCGGACAGGCCUUCCAUUCUAUCCACAGGACUGAAGGCAGCGACAAGUGAUCAGCAGUCAGUGCAGCAAGCCAUCAAACACACUGGAGACUCUGCAGGUCUAGAUUCUAAGUACUUUGAGAGGAGAGAUGAUAACAUGCCUGUCUAUGGUCUGUCAUCUAAUGUGCUUCACAAAGAGUUCCCUCCACGAACAAAGUCCUCCGUAGCUUCUGCUUACUUCUCUGCAUGAAGAGGAAGACAUCAACUCCAGCUGGAAGUGAACCCAUCACAGGCUCCUCUACCAAUCUGUUGCUGUGUGAGAUGUUUUCAGUAGAUUCUGUUUUAAUGUGUGUGCUGAUGGUUCUAUCUUCUGAUGUGUGGACACAGGAAAUGCUGUUACGCCUUUCUGAAUGGUGGAUUCCAGUGAUCAUGGAGAAUGUAGGCUUUAAAUUGAAAUGUACUAUUUUUCCUAAAACAGUAUAUGAAGUUUGCCACCUUUUUGUGUUAAUAUUGUGUUUUGUUUGCUGUUGUAUUAAAUAAAAAGUGUUUCCAUCUUUA